UGUGCGGCUUGCUGUGAGGGCGCGUGCUGUGGGGACGGUCACGGAGCCGGUGCAGACUGGUGGGGUAGACAGACAGAAAGCGAGAGAGACAGAGAGAGAGAUAGGAAGAGAGAGAUACAGAGAGUGAGAGAAAGAGAGGGAGAGAGACAGAGAAAGACAGAAAGAGAUAGAUAGAGAAAGAAAGAUAGAGAGAAAGAUAUACAGAGAGAGAGAGAGAGAUAGAGAGAGAGAGAGCAUGCGCUCAUUCCCGCUGUAAGUUUGGAUGGUGCUGGUUGGUGUCCGCGUGCGCGGGAUGGAAGCGUGGUGAAGCGGAUCUGUGCAGCUGCUGUCCCCCCCCCCUUCGCUCGCCCGGUCGGUGGAGCAGGUGGAGUAAGUUGGUGAGAAGCAGAGGAGGCGUGGAGCAGCAGAGUGAGCGGGAUUAAAACACAACUCUCGGAUCUAGGGGACAGAGCAGCGGAGGGAGAACGGCGGAACGGAGGAACAGCAUGCGGUGGGCAUGGAGGUGAAGGAGCGGCAGCAGUUCUGUUCCCUCUCUCGCUCACGGAGAGAACGGAGGACGGGAGGAGAGAGAGAGGAGGACGGAGGGAUGGAGGGGCUCGGUGAGCGUCGGCACGCGCCUACCUCCGUACUUACCCAGAAAUCCUACAGCUCCAGCGAGACCCUAAAGGCUUUCGACCACCCGGCCGGGACCCAGUCGCUGUACUCUCACCGCAUGCCUGACAUGGUGCCCACGGAGGCAGAGGAGUACCGAGCUCCAGGUCAGACUCUGUCCCUUCGCCAGCUCGGGAUCUGCGGCCCGGCGCCUCGCCGCGGUCUGAGCUUCUGCGCCGAAACCGGACUCCAUCACCACGUCCAGCCUGCCGGACCUGACCACCUCCAGAACAUGGGCGGGGGGAUCUCCCCGGACUGCGCCAUUCGGUUGUGGGGGCGGGGCAUGAAGCCCCACGGACACGACUCUCGCAUGUCCAGCCAGUCAAACUCCGCCCUGACCCUGACGGACACGGAGCAGGACAACAAAUCCGACCACGACAGUGAUCAGCAAGCUCCACCCCCUCUCCCUCCUGCGCCGCAUCAGCAUAAGCAGCACCCAUCAAUCACCUCAUUGGCCAAUCAGACGACAGAACUACAGAGUGCAUCUGAAUGCGUCCAGCUGCAAGAGAACUGGGUUCUGGGUAGCAAUGUCGGUUUGGAGAGCAGGCACUUCCUGCUAAAGACUGGCACUGGCUCCGCCUCUCUCUUCACCACGCCCAAUCCAGGAUACACCAUGGCCACAGGGGUGUAUUCCCCACCGGCUCGGCCCCUCCCCAGAAACAACCUGACCAGAGGGGCGUUCAAAUUCAAGAAGUCUCCGAAACACUGCUCCUGGAAAUGCACUGCUCUCAGUGCAGUGGGCGUGGCCACACUGCUGUCAAUCAUGCUCUGCUACUGUAUAGCGAUGCACGUGUUCGGCCUGAACUGGAAGCUGAAGGAUGUAGAUGACCACGCCUUCGAAAACGGCCGAGCUUCACCUGUAACCUCGGCAACCAGCACUGUGACCUCACUUUCUACUGACGGCAGGGUGGGCGUGGCUGAGCCCAUGCUGGACUCAGGUCAGGUGGAAGUAGGGCAGCAGGUUGGUCAGGCAGUUCCUCCGGCUGUGUUCUGGAGAACCAACAUGGAGAUGGAGCGUCCACGCUUCCUCAAGUUCAACAUCUCCAUCCAGAAAAACGCCCUGAUUGGAGUAUACGGCCGAAAAGGCCUGCCACCCUCACACACACAGUACGAUUUUGUGGAGCUGCUGGACGGCAGUCGCUUGAUCACUCGGGAGCGGGUUCAGCUGCACCCGGACCUCAGGGACGGCACGGAGAGACCGGUCAGCGUGCAGCAUGCUGGAUUCAUUCAGUUCCUGCAGGCUGGAGUUUGGCAUUUGGCCUUUUAUAACGAUGGACGGAAUGUGGAGCCUGUUUCAUACAACACCAUGGUGCUGGAAUCUGUGAUGGAGUGUCCGCACAGCUGUAACGGUAACGGAGAGUGCGUGUCCGGCACAUGCCGAUGUUUCCCAGGAUUCCUUGGGCCGUACUGCUCUCGAGCGGCCUGUCCGGUUCUGUGCAGUGGUAACGGCGAGUACAGCAGGGGGCGCUGUCAGUGCUACAGCGGCUGGAAGGGCACAGAGUGUGACGUCCCCGCCGGUCAGUGUGUGGACUCCCAGUGUGCAGGUCAUGGGAUGUGUGUGUCCGGCCUGUGUGUGUGUAACCCUGGGUAUAAGGGUGAGAGCUGUGAUGUGGUUGACUGUGUGGACCCGUCCUGUUCGGAUCAUGGCUCGUGUCUGCACGGACGCUGCCACUGUUCAGUAGGCUGGACCGGGACUAUCUGUGAAACCCCCGUGUCUCUCUGUCCGGAGCAUUGUUCGGGCCACGGAACGUUCCAGAGUGAAACCAGCACCUGUGUGUGUGAGGCCAACUGGACCGGGCCAGACUGCUCUUCAGAGCUGUGUACACCGGACUGCAGUGCACAUGGCGUGUGUAUAGGCGGAGUGUGUCGCUGUACUGAGGGCUGGGCGGGGCCUGGCUGUGAGGAGGCGGAGUGUGUGCCGCGCUGUGGGGAGCACGGUGUGUGUCGGGAGGGGAAGUGUGAGUGUGAGCAGGGCUGGACGGGCGAGCGCUGCAACAUCGCUCACUUUCUGGAUGGUAAAAUCAAAGACUGGAUAGGAUACAGAGACAGCUGUCCUGGCCUGUGUAACAACAACGGCAGGUGCGUCCUGGACCAGAACGGCUGGCACUGCCUCUGCCAAUCGGGAUGGAGGGGGGCGGGGUGUGACGUUGCCAUGGAAACCCUGUGUUCUGAUGGGAAGGACAAUGAGGGAGACGGUCUGCUGGACUGUAUGGACCCGGACUGUUGUCUACAGAGUUCCUGUCAGGAUCAGCCGUACUGUAAGGGGGCACCGGACCCCACUUCCACCCCCCAACCCCCGCAGACCCCUACCUCCUCUCUGACCCUUGCCUUCUACCAGCGGGUCAGCUUCCUCGCGGCUUCAGGGGGAACCCACCGAAUACCUGGAGAAAACCCCUUCAACAGCAGCCUGGUGUCGGUGGUGAGGGGUCAGGUGGUGACGGAAGAUGGAACGCCGCUAAUCGGAGUCAACGUCUCUCUACUGCAUUACCCACAACACGGCUACACCAUCACCAGACAGGACGGCAUGUUUGAUCUGUUGGCGAAUGGCGGAGCAUCUCUGACUCUGAGGUUCAUCCGGCCCCCAUUUCCACCUGUCCACCGGACCGUAUGGCUGCCGUGGGGAGUGUUUUAUGUGAUGGACAGGCUGGUGAUGAGAAGGGAAGAGAGGGAAACGCCCACAUGUGAGCUCAAUGGCCUUGUAAGACCCGCCCCCCAGAUCACAUCAUCACCACUAUCUACCUACUUCAGCUCCGCCCCUGAGGCCAACCCCAUCAUACCUGAGACUCAGGUUCUUCAUGAGCAGAUCUCCAUCCCAGGCAGUGACCUCAGCCUGGUGUACCUCAGCUCGCGGGCGUCUGCCUAUAAGCCUGUUCUGAAGGUGGUGAUGACGGGGUCCAGCGUGCCCUUCGGCCUGGCUGUGGUGCACCUGAUGGUAGCGGUGGAGGGCAGAAUGUUCCAGAAGCAGUUUCCCGCCUCCCCCAGGCUGUCCUUCACAUUUAUCUGGGAUAAAACGGAUGCUUAUGGUCAGAGGGUUUAUGGCCUGGCAGAGGCUGUGGUGUCAGUGGGGUUCGAGUACGAGUCUUGUCUGGGGGUGGUUCUGUGGGAGAAGCGGAGUGCCAAGCUGCAGGGCUAUGAACUUGAAGCGUCCAGCAUGGGCGGGUGGACACUGGAUAAACAUCACAUCCUGGACCUGCAGAACGGAAUCCUGUAUAAAGGCAGCGGGGAGAAUGUGUUCCUGUCUCAGCUCCCUCCAGUCAUCAGCACCAUCAUGGGGAACGGCCGGCGCAGGAGCAUCUCGUGCCCCAGCUGUAAUGCCCAGGCUGAGGGUAACAAGCUGCUGGCCCCCGUGGCCCUGGCCUGGGGUCGAGACGGCAGUCUGUACGUAGGCGACUUCAACUACAUCAGACGCAUUUACCCAUCAGGCAACGUCAGCAGCGUUAUGGAGCUCAGAAAUAAAGAUUUCAGGCACAGCAAUAACCCAGCACACCGGUACUACCUCACCACUGAUCCUGUGACCGGACAGCUGUACGUAUCCGACACCAACUCCAGACGGAUCUACCGACCACGCGUGCUGACGGCCAACGCAGAACCCCAGCAAAACGUGGAGAUAGUGGCGGGAACAGGAGACCACUGCCUGCCCUUUGAUGAGGGUCAGUGUGGGGAUGGAGGUCCAGCUACCGAAGCCCUGCUGACUGGACCCAAAGGGAUAGCUGUGGAUAAAAACGGCCUGAUCUACUUUGUGGACGGCACGGUGAUUCGCAAGGUGGACCAGAACGGAGUCAUUUCGACUUUGCUGGGGUCAAACGACCUUGCCUCGGCUAGACCACUCAAUUGUGAUGCAGUCAUGGAUAUCCAGGAGGUUUCGUUAGAGUGGCCAACAGAUCUGGCGGUCAGUCCGCUGGAUAACUCUGUGUUUGUAUUGGACGGCAGUGUAGUUCUGAGGAUUACUGAGGAGGGUCAAGUGAGCGUGGCCGCGGGGCGACCCCUGCACUGCCCCAUGCCCGUCAGUGACCGGUCUGUGAUGGAUAUUCAGCUGGCCACUCAGACUCAUCUGGAGUCUCCGAGUGCCAUCACGGUCUCGUUUAGCGGAGUCUUGCACAUCGCCGAGACGGACGAGCGGAAGAUGAGCCAGAUUCGCAGCGUGGCUCCGGACGGCGAGAUCACUCACCUGGCAGGGGUGCCGUCUGACUGCGACUGCAAAACUGAUGUUAACUGUGACUGCUACCUGACCGGCGACGGCUUCGCUAAAGACGCGCGGCUCAGUGGACCGUCUUCUCUAGUGGCUGGGCCGGAUGGAACGCUGUACGUGGCCGACUUGGGAAACAUCCGGAUCCGAAGCAUCGGAACCAGUAGGGCACCGCUGAACACCCUGGGACUGUACGAGGUGGCGUCUACUGCGGAACAGGAGGUCUACAUGUUCGACGUUAACGGAACGCACCAGCAUACAGUCAGCCUAGUGACAGGAGACUACAGGUAUAACUUCAGCUACAGUAAUGAGGGAGACCUGACCGCUGUGACAGACUGCCAUGGUAACACCCUCCGGAUCCGCAGAGAUGCCAGUCGGCAGCCGGUGCGGAUCGUGGCGCCGGAUAAUCAGGUGGUGUGGCUGAGCAUGGGCUCCAGCGGGGGGCUGAAGUCAUUGGGCACUCAGGGCCGAGACCACGUGCUGCUCACGUACCAUGGCAACAGCGGCCUACUGGCCACCAAGAGCAUCGCCAACGGCUGGACCACCUUCUACGACUACGACACUGAAGGAAAGCUGACCAACGUGACGUUUCCCACUGGAGUGGUGAGCAGCCUGGUCAGUGACGUGGGCUCCAUCUCCACUGUGGAAACAGAAAGUUCAGAACGAGAAGAGCAGGCCACCAUCAGCAGCAACCAGACUGCCAUCCAGACUGUCCUAACUCUGCAGCAGGAUCAGCUGAGGACCAGUUAUGUGGAGCGUUAUGACAACUCCCUCUGGAUCCUGCAGGCCAGCGGGCUGAACACACACUUCCAGACUGAACCUCAUAUCCUGUGUGGAGCAUCAUCCCCUACAAUGGCCAGAAGAAACAUCACCCUGCCUGACGAUGCAGGACAGAACCUGGUGGAGUGGCGCUUCAGGAAGGAACAGGCUCGAUCAAAAGUUACAGUGUUUGGACGCAAACUAAGAGUGAAUGGCCGCAACAUCCUAUCCGUUGAUUAUGACCGUACCCUGAGGACCGAGCGUAUCUAUGAUGACCACCGUAAGUUCCUGCUGAAGAUUGGAUAUGACACAGCUGGUCAGCCUGCCCUGUGGAUGCCCAGCAGCAAGCUGCUGCCAGUCAACCUUACCCGCCGGAGCAAUGGGCAGCUGAGCGCUAUCCAGUGGGGGGCGGUGUCCGAGCGGCUGGAACACGACGAGCAGGGUCGCGUACGAUCCAGAGUGUUCCCAGAUGGGAAGACAUGGAGCUACACUUACCUGGAGAAGUCCAUGGUGCUGAUCCUGGCCAGUCAGCGUCAGUACACCUUCGAAUACAACUCUGACGGUGGGCUUUCUGCGGUCACCAUGCCCAGUGUUGCCCGUUACACCAUGGAGACGGUCCGAUCAAUAACCUACUACCGCAACCUUUACCAUUCGCCAGAAAGCAACGCGUCAGUUGCCGUAGAUUACAGCGAGGAUGGCAGGCUAAUCCGAGUUUUACAGACUGGCACCGGGCGAAGGGUGCUUUACCGCUACCGUUGGCACAACAAGCUGGCAGAAGUAUUGUACGACAGCACUCGGGUCAGCUUCACCUACGACGAGACGGCAGGAGUGCUGAAGACAGUCAACCUGCAGAGUGAAGGCUUCAUCUGCACCAUCAGGUACAGACAGCUCGGCCCCCUGGUGGACAGGCAGAUUUAUCGCUUCAGUGAGGAUGGCAUGGUCAGUGCUCGCUUUGACUACGCCUACGAUGGGAGUUUGCGAGUCACCAGCAUACAGGGUGUCAUCAAUGAGACACCUCUACCCAUUGACCUCUAUCAGUACGAUGACAUCUCAGGUAAAGUGGAACAGUUUGGCAAGUUUGGAGUCAUUUACUACGACAUCAACCAGAUCAUAUCAACUUCGGUUAUGACCUACACCAAGCACUUUGACGGGCACGGGCGCAUCCAGGAAAUCCAGUACGAGCUUUUCCGCACUUUACUCUUCUGGAUUACAGUGCAGUAUGACGACAUGGGCAGGGUGACGUUCAGAGAGAUGAAAAUCGGGCCGUUCGCCAAUGCCACCAAGUACGGCUAUGAGUAUGACGUGGACGGCCAGCUUCAGGCCGUCUACUUGAAUGAUAAGAUGACCUGGCGCUACAGCUACGACUUGAACGGAAACAUCCACCUGCUAAGUCCCGCUAGCAACGCCCGGAUACUUCCCUUGCGCUAUGAUCUGCGGGAUCGCAUCACCAGACUGGGCGACCUUCAGUACGAGUUGGACGAAGACGGCUUCCUGCGACAGCGAGGAGCCGAGGUCUUCCAGUACAACUCCAACGGACAGCUUGAGCGCAUCUACAGCAAAGCCAGCGGCUGGACAGUCCAGCACCGCUACGAUGGCUUAGGAAGGAGGGUUUCCACCAAGUCCAGCCUUGGUCAGCACCUGCAGUAUUUUUACGCGGAUCUAAGCCACCCAAGCCGGAUCACUCACGUAUAUAACCACUCCAGCUCGGACAUCACGUCCCUGUACUACGACUUGCAGGGACAUCUGUUUGCCAUGGAGAUUAGCAGCGGUGCCGAGUUCUACAUAGCUUGUGAUAAUACAGGAACCCCAUUGUCGGUUUUUGGCAGUGACGGAGCUCUUCUGAAGCAGGUUCAUUACACAGCGUACGGGGAAAUCUACUCCGACACUAACCCUGAUCUCCAGCUGGUCCUGGGCUUCCAGGGAGGCCUCUUUGACCCGCUAUCUAAACUGGUGCAUUUUGGGACGCGGGAUUAUGAUAUUAUGUCGGGUCGCUGGACUGCUCCCGAUGUUACCGUGUGGGAGAGGAUGAACAAAGACCCCGCCCCCUUUAAUCUCUACAUAUUCCGCAAUAAUGACCCCAUCAGCAAAGUGCAGGACGUGAGAGAGUAUAUCACAGAUGUGAACUGCUGGCUGGUCACAUUUGGGUUCCAUCUCCACAACAGCAUUCCCGGCUUCCCGGUGCCGAACUCUGGGAUGACACAACCCUUUUACGAACUGACCAAGAGUGAUGUCUGGGAAGAUCUGCCGGUCAGUUUUGCAAUCCAGCAGCAGGUCAUCCGGCAGGCCAAAGCCUUCCUGGCUUUUGAACGGAUGCCACCGGCCCAGUUGAGCCAGACCCGGAGGCAGGACAAACCGUGGCUGUGGUUCGCCUCCAGCGACUCCCUCAUUGGCCGAGGCGUGAUGCUCGCCAUCUACAGGGGAACCGUGGUCACGCGGGCCCUCAGCAUAGCCAACGAAGACUGCGUGAAAGUGGCUAACAUCCUCAACGGCGCCCUCUACCUGAAGGACCUGCACUUUAUUUUUGAGGGGCGGGAUACGCACUACUUCAUUAAGACGGGAGCGCCGGAAGCGGACCUGGCAGCUCUGCGUCUGACGACGGGCCAGAAGGAGCUGGAGAACGGAGUUAACGUGAGCGUGUCUCAGUCCACGGCCGUGCUGGCGGGUCGGACGCGGCGCUUUGCGGACGUGGAGCUGAGGCGGGGGUCUCUCGCACUGCAUAUACGCUAUGGAGCCUCUCUGGAUGAGGAGCGGGUGCGUGUGCUGGAGUUAGCGCGGCAGAGGGCGCUGGCGGGCGCUUGGGCUCGGGAGCUCCAGCGCGUGAAGGACGGAGAGGUCGGUAUUAGAUUGUGGACGGAGGGCGAGAAGAGGCAGCUGCUCAGCGGAGGACGAGUUCAGGGAUACGAUGGAUAUUACGUCCUUUCGGUGGAACAGUACCCGGAACUCGCAGAUAACGUGAACAACAUUCAUUUCCUCCGACAGAACGAGAUCGGAAAGAGAUAGCAGAAAAGCGAAUCGAAUAUAUAUAUAUACAACAGUCAGGCAUAACAUUAUGACCAUCUCCUUUUUGUUUUCAAACUUAUUAUACAUAUUUUUUUCAGCUCCACUAAUUAUAUAGAACACUUUGUAGUUCUAUAAUUAGAACUGUGAGGUUCUGGGCAUUGAAGAACAGGAACAAUAAUAAAGUAUACAGAUACAGUCUGCAACUAUAGAACUACAAAGUGCUGUGCUGAAAAGAUGGAUAAUAGGCGUAAAAGUAAGAAGGUGGUUGUAAUGUUAAGCUUGAUUAAUAUAUAUAUAUAUAUAUAUAUAUAUAUAUAUAUAUAUAAAUUUCUGUAAAAAAAAAAAAACAAGUUAAAACAACGCUGUGCGUUGUGGAAUGUUAGUGUGUUAAAAACCUAUUUAAAUUUUAAAGCCUUAUCAAGGCCAAAACUGUUGAGCACAAUGACGAAUUGUGAACUCUCUCUGAGUCUAAGAACAGGCCAGGAUUCUAAAAAUGUUAAUACAUUUAUCUGACUAUUUAUUAAAUAUUCAUUUUAUCAAGCACCCUUAAAAUAUCUGCUGAAAGAGAUGAAUAAUUUAAUAGAUCUGAGAAAAAAAUAUAUAAAGAAAAUGUUUACAUAUGCAUACCUCUGCACCACUUAAAAAGAAGACCACAAAUUAUUAUUAUUAUAUUAUAAAGUCUUAUCAUAUUUAUUUAUACAUUUAAUUUAUCAACAUUGUUUCUGUUCAUUGUGUUUUUAUUUUUGUUUUAGACUCAGUAAGUGUUUUUCCUCAGUGUGUUACUGUACUGUAUACUGUAAUGUGCAGAUUUAUAUUGGGGGAAAUGCUGGACCCCUGCUUUCAGAACAGAUGGUUUUGUUUAGUUUUCUGUUUGUUAGUUAGGUCAUUUGUUUAUUUAUUUAUGCAUUUGUUUGUUUGUUUGUUUGUUUGUUUUAUUUAUUUAAUUAUUCUUCUACUCCCCCGCAUUUUCCUACCAAAUCACAUUUGAAAGUGAAACUGAUCAGAUGCUAUCGUGGUACAAAUUUUGUGGUAUAGCAAAUGAAUAAUAUAUACAUUACAAAUAAGAGUAAAGAAACAGCACAGCACAAUAAACCUGUAUAUGUAUUUAUGUAAAUGAGUGUUUACCUGCUUUUUUUAUUAAAAUAUUUAACUGCUGAUUUGGUUAUAGCCCCUGAUGGAGAACAACUGAAGUUUUGUUUAUACUUAACCAAUAAAAACUAAAAUAAACACCACCGUUUUUUU